UGCCCGCCCGCCCGCCCGCCCGCCAUGGGCGACUUCGAGGUGCACCGCGCGCGGCUCUUCGCCUUCGUGCCCGCGGGGAUCCGCUGCGUGGCCGCCACCGGCGCCUCCUCCUCCUCCUCCGCCACCGGCGCCUCCUCCUCCUCCUCCGCCACCGGCGCCUCCUCCUCCUCCUCCGCCUGGCCCCGUCCCCGCCUGGCCGUGUCCCGCCUCGACGGCGCCCUCGAGGUCUACGACCUGCGCGCCAACAGCUUCCAGGAGAAGGUCAUUCCAGGCCACGAGACGAGGAUCCCGGAGGCUCUGUGCUGGGCGGCAGGAGACCGGCUGUUUGGCGCUGGCCUCAGUGGCGACAUUGUUGAGUAUGACUUGGAGAAGCUGCACGUCAAGUAUUCUCUGGAUGCUUUUGGGGGGCCCAUCUGGAGCAUGGCGGCCGAUCCGACUGGGGCUCGGCUGGCGGUCGGUUGUGACGAUGGAUCCGUUAAACUCUUCCACAUCUUACCCGAAGGAAUCCAGUUUGAGAAGCAGCUGGACCGACAGAAAGAGCGGAUCACGUCCCUCUCCUGGCACCCGUCCGGGACCAAGAUUGCCGCUGGGUCCAUCGACCUCAUCCGCAUCUUCGAUAUCAAGUCAGGCCAUGCUGCCCAGCGGAUCCGAGUGGAGCGGCGCCUGCAGGGACCCCGCAGCCAGAAGUGUGUGGUGUGGGGCGUGGCCUUCCUUUCCGACGGCACCGUGGUCAGCGCAGAUUCCGCCGGGAAGGUGCAGUUCUGGGACUCUGAGAUGGGGACGCUGCUGUCGAAGCACCCGGUCAGCAAGGCCGCCGCACUUUGCGUGGCUGUGUCUGAGGCGGAAGACAGCCUCGUGGUCGGCACGUCAGAGGGGACGGUGUACCAGUUCCAGUUUCUGCCGGCGAAGCUGGGCAGCGCCGAGCACCAGUGGAUGCGGACGAGGCCGUUCCAGCACCACACCCAUGACGUGCGGGCAGUGGCGCACACGCCGACGGCGUUCGUCUCCGGAGGGCUGGAUGGGCUCCUCGUGAUCCGGCCGCUGAUGGAGAAGGUGGAAUCCAAGAGCUACGAAGCCGCCCUCCGGAAAGUCACCUUCCCUCACAGGCGCCUCGUCUCCUGUGCCAGGGAAGCCCGCCUCCUCCUGUUCCAGCACCCGCGGCAGCUGGAGCUUUGGCGUCUCGGAGCCACCAACGCCACAGGAGGGGCCGGCGAAGUCCUGCCUGUGUCCUGCCCGCCGAAGCACCUGCUCCAGCUCAAGGCAAAGGGUCCCGAGCACAUCAGCAGCAGCUGUGUCUCCCCCUGUGGCAGCUGGAUUGCCUAUGCCACGGCCUCCAGGUUCUUCCUGCACCGGGUCCAGCUGGACGGAGACCACAUCGCCAUCAAGAGGGUUCCCAAGGGUCCCAGGCUGAGUGGCUCUGCCCACCACCUCCUUUUCUCCACAAACUCCACCCGGCUCUUUGUGGCGUCGGACCGAGGCUCCGUGCACGUCCUCAAGCUCUUGCAACCAGGGGCCUGCAAAUACCUGCACACCCUCCGCCCCAACUCAGAGACGGCGGAGGCCGCGUACCUGCUGGCUGCGAGCGCCGACGGGAAGUGGUUGGCUGCAGCGAGUGGGGAUCAGGCAGUCCAUAUCUACAACUUGGAAGCCGCCAAGCUCCAUUGCACUGUGCCUGCUUAUGACUGCCCGGUGACUGCCCUGGCCAUUCAUCCAGAGACCAAUAACCUCAUCAUCGCCCAUUCGGACCAGCAGGUCUUUGAGUUCAGCAUCGCAGACAAAGAAUACACCCCCUGGAGCCGGAAGUUGCAGCAGUUUGGGAUGCACAAGGAUUGGAUGGACCGGGACACGCCCAUCACCCACAUCACCUUCAACCCCAAGAAGGCCUCCCACAUCCUGGUCCAUGACACUCACAUGUUCUGCAUCAUCGAUAAGUCCCUGCCGCUGCCGGAGGAUGCCGCCAUGCUGCACAACCAGAUCUCGCUGGCGCACCUCUCCAAGGCCGCCCGGCGCAGCUACAGCCACGCCUUUAAGAUCUGCAAGAAGUACCAGCCUUUGCUGUUUGUGGACCUGCUGGAUGAGAAUGCCUUGGUAGUGGUAGAGCGGCCCGUGGCGGACAUCAAGGCCCAGCUGCCCCCUCCCAUCUAUCAGAAGAAAUUCGGCACUUAAAAGACACCUCUCCCGGCUGCACCGUGUCAACAGCGACUUGCAGA